AUGGGUCGACGGAAGAAGAAAACGUUGGAGUUGAAGCCCUUUUGUUAUUACUGCGACCGGUCGUUUGAGGACGAGAAGGUGUUGUUGUUGCACCAGAAGGCGCGGCACUUCAAGUGUCGUCGGUGCAACCGCAAGUUGGACACGGCGACGGGGUUGGUGGUGCACUUGUUGAGUGUGCACAAGGAGACCAUCAAUAAAGUACCGAACGCUCUGAAGGAGCGAGAGUCGCCAGAGCUGGUGGUCCACGGGAUGUCGGGCGUCCCGCCGGAACUGGUGGCUGAAAAGCAGAAGAAACUAGUCGCGGAAUUGGGCACGAAGAAAAACGCCCGGUUCGAACACACGGUCUUCGGCAGCGGGCUUCUCGAUAACCUAGGUGGUGGCGCCGCCGCAUUCGCUGGUAUGUUCUCAGGCCAACUCUUCCCAGGUGCCCUCGGAACCGGCUCCACCGCCUUAGGCGCCGGUGCCACCUUCAACGCUCCGGCCACCAGCACGCUCCCCGACCUCUCGCUCCUCACCAAGAUCCUCAGCGCCGGACCGAACACGUCCA